AUGAGAGUAAAUAAAAAAAUAUUUUCAAUUUUAUUUAUUUUAAUAAUAAAUGUUUUUAUAACAAGAGUUUAUUCACAAGAUGAAAAAUAUUAUUUUAAAGGUAAUUUCGGCACAAGUGCAUUGGCUGUAUCUAAAAGUAAUAACAUUGAGGGCACAGUAGAUCUUUUAAUUACAAGAUCCCAAGGUUCUUAUAGAUUUCAAUAUAAUGUUACAUUGAAUAAGUUCAAUGGAAAUGAUUAUUUUUCAUCCAGAAUAGCUGGCCCAUCAGCACCAAAGAAAGAAGAUGGUCAAUUGAAAGUUGCUCUUUCAUAUUCUAACCCAACUGUUUCAGAUACUGUUUUUAUUGGUCAAGGUACCCAAUCAUUAUCAAUCUCUUCACCAGCUUUUAAUUUACUUCCUCCAAUCCUCCAAGGUUUAACCACAAACCCAGAGAAAUCAAACUAUGCCUCAGAACAAUUUUAUAUUGCUUUUAAUAUAAAAUCUGAUACAACACCAGUAACUCGUGCUCAAUUGUUAUAUGUUGGUUCAACUAAUUUACCAAUUCCAGGAGGUGGUGUAGACCCAGAUGGCUCUAGUAGUUCCUCUCCAGAUGGUUCUACCACUCCUCCACCACCAUCUGCCACAUCAUCAAAUUUACCAUCAAACAGUGGUUCAUCCUCAUCACCAGGAUUAAAUCCAGGAGGUGUUGAAACCCAAUCUUCAAAUUCAAAUUCUACUGAAAGUAGUUCUGAUAAUCAUUCAUCAGACUCAAAUUCAAUUCUUCCAACCCUCGGUAUUGUUUCAUUAUUUGUUUUCGGUUUAGUUAUUAUGUCUUAA